AACCGCCGUUAAACCUCAUCGAGGAAGAAAAAGAAGUUGACGUUUGAUUUGUACUUCUGUGUUCUAAGUGAAAGUAAGCAACAUCGAGGCCACGACACCGAACUUACUGGUUGAGAUCGAAGCUCAGUGAAGGGAAAUCAAAGCUGUGUAAAGGAAAUAACAGUAACCAUGGCUCCAACAUUGUAUGAUAAGAAGCCGGAGCCAGGGGAUCUGAUAGAGAUAUUCAGAGGGAACUACCAGCACUGGGCUUUGUACGUUGGUGACGGCUUUGUUGUUCACCUGGCCCCACCCUCCGAGGGACCAGGGGCCAGGGCCAACAGCAUGAUGUCUGUGCUGAGUGACCAGGCUAAGGUGAAGAAGGAAGAGAUCUGGGACGUGGUGGGGCAUGAUCAGUGGCGCGUAAACAACCAGCUGGAUGAGAAGUACCAGGUCAGACCCAUACAUGAGAUACUGAGGGAAGCCCAGGCCUAUGUGGACCAGGAGAUGCCCUACUGUGUCUUCAGGGGAAACUGUGAGCACUUUGUCACAGAUCUGAGAUAUGGGAAGGCUGAGUCUCGACAGGUUCGUCAGGUUGUGGAAACUGUGGGAAUGGCUGCAAUGGUGGGCUUCGGAGUCCUUGCUGUUGCAGGUAUUGCAGCGGCCAUCUUUGGAGGUGGAAGCAAGAAGAAGAAUGAAGAAAAAUAAGAAUAUAAGUGACCAACUGUAUAAUAGCUUCCUGAGCAGCCAGUCACCAAUAAGCCUAAUAGAUUAUUUUAACUACAGUACUGCCAUCGUCACUUGUAUAAAACAGACAUGAAUUGAAAGCACAAAAGGAGGAAAAGUGUCUGGUUAUAAUUCCAAGGUAUACAGCCUUGGAGGGGCCAUAACCUUGCAGGCUCUGAGGCUAUGCUAGCUGUUUUAUUUUUUUUAUUGUCGGUUACUUAUAAGCAGUGGUGGGAAAAGUACCCAGUUGUCAUACUUGAGUAAAAGUUAAGAUAUUUAAUAGAAAAUGUUAAGAAACUUAAUAGAAAAUGACUCAAGUAAAAGUGAAAGUCACCCAGGAAAAUACUACUUUAGUAAAAGUUUUAAAGUAUUUGGCUUUAAAUAUACUGAAGUAUAAAAAGUAAAUGUCAUGGAUAAAAUUUACUUAAGUAUCAAAAGUAAAAGAAAACCGGACUGCAUCUUUUAAAUUUUUGGGUAGCCAGGGGCAUGCUCCAACACUCAGACAUAAUUUACAAACGAAGCAUGUGUUUCGUGAGUCAACCAGAUCAGAGGCAGUCGGGAUGACCAGGGGUGUUCUCUUGAUAAGUGUGUGAAUUAGACAAUUUUCUUGUGCUGCUAAGCAUUCAAAAUGUAAUGAAUACUUUUGGCUGUCAGGGAAAUGUAUGGAGUAAAAAGCCCAUUUUCUUUAGGAAUGUAGUGAAGUAAAAGUUGUCAAAUAUAAAUAGUAAAGUACAGAUAUCCUAAAAAACUACUUAAGUAGUACUUUCAAGUAUUUUUAAGCAGUGGUGUAAAGUACCUAUGAAGUUUCCCUACUAAAGUUUUAACAUAUUUAUGUAGACUCUGUUUUUAAUGGUAUAAAAUGGUAUUCCACUGAAGUUCUAAUGUUUCUAUCAUGAAGCAAAUUGUCUAAAGGACCCAGGGCUUUCGAGUGGCACAGCAUCUGUGUUAGAGACAUCACUACAAACCCUGGUUCGAUUCCAGGCUGUAUCAUAACCGGCGCACAAUUGGCCCAGCGUCGUUAGGGUAUGGCUAAAUAAGAAUUUGUUCUUAACUGACUUGCCUAGUUAAAUAACAAAAUAAAAGGACCCACAGAACUACUCCUGGUUAGGGUUGAAGUAGAUACAUCUAAUGCUGCUUGUAUCGCUUCGUAAUGACUGACAUUAUGAACAGGUGCAUCAAAGCAGUGACCAAGAGACUGAAAAACAGCUAUCUCAAGUCCAUCAGACUGUUAAAUAGCCAUCAGUAGCACCUUAGAGGCUGCUGCCCAAAACACAUAGACUUGAAAUCACUGGAAACUUUAUUAAUGGAACACUGGUCACUUUAAAAAAAAAAAUCAUAUAUUGAAUUACUCAUCUCAUAUGUAUAUUCUACUGUAUCUUAGUCUAUUCCUCUCUGACAUUGCUCGUCCAAAUAUUUAUAUAUUCUUAAUUCCAUUCCUUUACUUUGGAUUUGUGUCCAUUGUGUGUAUUGUUGUGAAAUUGUUAGAUAUUACUGCACUGUUGGAGCUAGAAACACAAGCAUUUUGCUACACUUGCAAUAACAUCUGCAAAACAUGUGUAUGUGAUCAAUAAAAUGAGAUUUGAUUUGAACAAAAUCAUACUUUUAAUAAAAAUAUUGGAUAGAAAAAAUUUGAAAUAUUAACUGGUGUUUGAUCUUUAAAAACUUGAGUUUGAAGAGUUUGUUUAUUAAAUAUAUUGAUAAACUGAACCUUAUUAGCAUUUUAGCUUAGUCGAUUAAGUCUUGACAUCCUCUUGGAUCUAAUUUUUGAUAGGUUUGGUUUUUGAGCUUGAACUAUUAUUAAUCAUUAGUUCUAAAAGAUACAUAUGAGGGGUGCCGUAAUGACGCUUGGGAGGGGCUGAGUGCAGGGAACACAGUCACGUGGCAGUACUGAUAAGGGGAGGAACCAUUUAAGGCCCAGAUCACUCAGCUCCCUGCCUAGAAAUAAUGAUGCAAUGUUUGGCGAUAAUGAGGAGACUCCACCCAAAGUGGGGUAUGUAUACUACCAUGGGUGAAACCAUGUUUUUUUGUUUAAUGCAGCUGUACUGACCCUCUGGGAAGAAUAAACUUGGUUUUAAGCUUU